AUGGUCCACGAUCGCAAUCCGAUUACCGUUCCAUCGUUAUUGCGCGAUAGUCUUUCCGAGCCGGAAAUCUUAUGGUACGUUCGGUCCUUGGACAUCUGGGAUUUGAGAGAGAAUUUUGAAGAAUGGAUGAGCCCAACUUUUGUAGAAGGGAAUCCUCAUGUGGAACUUGAUGACUGGAAUUCCAAGGAGUCCUUGACUUGGCCAGGAGAAUACCAUGAUCACUCGCAUCUUGACACUACGUUCUACACCGAUGAGGAGCUUGAGCGCUACCGUACCAUGCUUUCCAAAAUGUUGCACCUCAGAGAGCCUUUGGUAGACAAAUGGAUGGAACGACUGCGAUCCGGAAGUGAUGAGCCUCAGAAAGUGCUCCUAAUGGCCAUGUCACCAAGACUGACCCAAGCCACAUUCGUCGAAUACGACAGCUGGCAAGCCGGAGAAAAGAGCCACCCGUUUAGGUUGCUGGCGUCUUCGCUCCGAGCACUAGCACCACUACCAUGCCCCGAGUGGCCAUGUUUCCAGAAUUUAAAGACAGUCUUUGUCGGGGAUGUUACACUAAGGCACUCGCAUGAUCCCUAUUACCCGCAUUCGCGUGUCAUCGCACCCCUGUUCCUACUACCUGCCAUUGAGGAGUUACACCUCAACUUGUUGAUGGGAGAGGAAAAUGAUGCGGAAUCUGACUUAGAGAACGAUGAAGAAGAUGGCAAAGACUCUGUGCCAUACGUCUGGGAAUGGGAAAUAGGCCGGUCAUCCUGCCAGAAGCUGGCUUUCGACUGCUGUGAGCUCGCCACGGAAACAAUUGCCAGCUUCAUCGGCGCAACGCACUCCCUGCGCUCUCUCAACGGGGUGAUCAACGACGAUGAGAUCAUCUCAGCCCUCCUAGAGCAUUCGAAACACAGUCUCGAAACCGUGAACUUUGACCAGCAGAACCUGCUGCCGACGCCCGAUGCUGUUCCACAGCAAUCGCUACAGACUUUCCAAAAACUCGCAAGCAUUGCGCUUUCUAUAACCCAGCUCGUAGACAUAUCCACAUACAAGCCGUCGCAGAUUGAAUACACUGUGGAUCAUGGCAUUGACAUGGAGAAGAGUGCGUUCGGUACUACAGAUUGGGUUGAUCUACUGACUUUUCUUCCACCGACGCUGCAAACACUAAAGAUCUACCAAGAACGCACCCGCCUAUUCGGGCACGAGAUCGAAAGCCUCAUGGACCACUUAGUGGCCCUAGUCAAAGCCAAGCUGUCUCCAUCAAAUGGCGCCUUCGGCGCUCUAACGGAAAUCUGCCUCGCAAAUCUAUUAGUGAAAUCAACAAAAAAUCGCCGGGGAUACGAACCGAACGGGCUCGAUCCUUGGCUCGGGGCCUUGAAGCGGGUGUGUGAGGAGGCGGAAGUGAAGAUUCACACCAAAGCGAGGACGACGUGGAUAGAGGGGUCGUCUGGGGAUUCCUACCCCUGCAGCUCUUGCCGGCUCGAUGAGAUGGGGCAGUCUUGA